CCUGGUGGUUUGAAGAGAGAGAGAAUCGCAGAUAUACUAUUUUCUAGUUUGGGAUUCAAAUCCUUUUAAAGAUUAACGGUAACAUUUCAUCAAAGCCUCCAGGAGUUUAGAUCUUGCAUGGCGCACUCAGGAGGAGACAAACUUACAGCGAUGAAUGUAGAGAGGAUUAUCGAAUGCAUCAGAAAGGGCGAUCACAAAGGAGUGAAGGCAGAGCUACAGCAAUUUAAUAGAGAGUAUGCACAGUGUUUCUUCUAUGACCUGGAUGAGAAGGAGAGGAGAAAAAGGCAGGAGCUGGAAGAGUUCAGAAAGAAUAAAUUGAGAGAGUAUGUGUCAGACUCUGAUUCAGACUACGACGAUGAGUCCGGUAACCCAGAUGCUCUUUUAAGACAGGCUCUAGCUACAGUUUUGAUCAGGUUCCUCCAGACUCAACCACAAGGGCGUGUCCUGAAAGUAUGCCUGCGAUCCUUAAGAAUUCUCUCUAGGGACAAAAAGGUUUUGGGGCCUCUUAUCACUGACAGAGCACUCCUCACUCUAGCCAAACUGGGUGGCAUCAGCAACGCACCCAUUCCCGGAGAAGACCUCGAUAAUGAUGUUGACCCUUAUAGCGAUGUCAUCAUAGUUAUUUCUGAAGAUCAGUCAAGUCGUCCAGAUGAUGAUGAUGAUGAUGAUGAUGAUGACAGCAGUGGUGAUGAAGAUGAUGGUUCUGGUGCUGUAACUAGUGAACUCCAGAGUGAUGCAAACUACAUAAGCGAUUGGCGUAGUGAGCGUAAGGUGAGCACAUUUUCUAACAUGAGCCUUGGAGCUCCUCGGAGGAGGAGCAGCGUUUUCAAAGCUCUCACACCUGGUAAGAGGGACAGCAGAGGAAGUGUGGGAGAAGGGGAGGAAGAGGAGGAGGAGAAGGGUGGAAAAGAUGACGAAGAAGUAAACAGGAAGGAGAUCAUGAAAAUCUUCUGUAAUAUUGUUUACAAUAGUGCUUGGGCACAGGAGAGAGCCAGCGAACUCAGUCUCCUAUGUGGUCUAACAGAAAAACUGAAUAAGGAGUUUGAAACUGCAUCUUCUCCAUGUGGCCAAUUUUACGAACUGCGGUUCAUGUUUUUACUGACGGCACUGAGACCUGAACUCAGAGCACAGCUCAAACAAGAGGGUGGAGUGUCUCUGUUGACCACAGUGCUGGAGCAAUGUUUAUCAGUACAGUGGAAGGAAAAGUACGAGGUUGUGCUGGAUACUACAGCACCACCUAUAAGUGUGGAGGACUCACAGAAAGCUCAGGAGGCCCUCAAAAUCCUUUUUAAUAUCACACACAGCACACACACACAAAAACCUGAGGAGGGAGAUGCUUCUCUCUAUCGCCACCUGGCUGCAGUUCUGCAACACUGCCUGAUGGUGUGCUGUGAGGAAGAGGAAGCUUCAGACGAGCUCAAGGGGCAUGCAGCUAAUAUGCUCUCUGCUCUUCCACUGAGUUGUCUGGAUGUUCUAGUGUCUGUGUCUAUAGGUCCAAACUCACAUCAGAUGAAUGGAGUCAAUAUGGACUGUGUGCACAACUUACUCAUGUACAUGGAGAGAAAACUGGAGCAGGGUGAAAAGGUCAAAGAGAGACUGACCCCUGUGCUGAACUUGCUGACUGAAUGCUCAAGAGCUCACAGAGAAACAAGACGCUACCUUAGACAACAGAUUCUGCCUCCAUUGAGAGAUGCCCGCACUAGACCUGAAGAGGGCAGCACUAUAAGGAAUCGUCUGGUUAGACUGAUGACCCACCUGGAUACUGAGCUCAAACACUGCGCUGCUGAUCUGCUCUUCGUGCUGUGCAAAGAGAAUGUCAGCCGUUUUGUGAAGUACACUGGUUAUGGGAAUGCUGCUGGGCUGCUGGCCACAAGGGGUCUUCUGGGAGGUCAAAGGUCACAGGCCACGUCAUCAGGCACACAGUACUCCAGUGACUCCGACUCCGACACUGAGGAAUAUCAGCAGAUUAAAAAUCAGGUGAACCCAGUGACAGGACAAGUGGAAGUAGAGCAGCCUGACCCGAUGGAGGGGAUGACGGAGAAGGAGAAAGAAGAAGAGGCUCACCUCCUCAUGAGGCUGUUUAACAAGCUCUCAAAGGACAAUGUGAUUCAACCAAUGGGACUGAACAAAGAGGGUCAGCUGGUGCCGCUCUCCACGCUCAGGGACCUCUCAAUGGAGGAGAAGGAUUCGGAAGAAGAAAAUGAUGACCUGGAGAAUGUGGAGUAGAAUCAGCAUAGAUGUGGCAAUCAAAACUGACAGGAUCAACAUAUCUGUUUUUAAAUAAGAAUAUAUAGUCUAUCUAUCUGUCUGUCUGUCUAUCUAUCAAAAAUUAGGUUUAUGAUAAUGUUGUAAUAGUUAUUUCUGGUAUGUAUGAAAUUUCUUCUUUUCUUUUUUUUUUUUUUAAAAGGCUCCCUCACUUGGGGUAAAAGUCCCCCAGGGGUGUUAUAUUGAUAUAGUGUAGAUACUGGGGCAAUAGUUAUAGUGCACCAUUUGUCAACUUAUGCAAAUACUUUUGAGACCGCAAGCUGCUUUUUUGAGUAACAAAUUAACAUUAUGCUUAUUCAAAAUAACCACUUCACAAAAGAGUGUGGCAUUUCUUUUUAGUUUAUUUUAAUAACAUUUGACAUUUCAUUGCAUCUCAAGUAUUUUAUAAACAAACGAAUCUCCAUUGUGAUUGGAUCAGUCAAUGUAAGCCCACUUUGAAAGUUCUUCACAUUAAAUCUAUUUCCCCCACUUAAGAAAAACACUGUGUUUUAUAGGGGCCUUUAGCCCCUGCAACAGGGGGACUUUUUUUU